AUGGAGAACUUACGAUCGUUGAAGAUGGCCAAAUAUGUUGUGACUACUCAUGCAGUGUACGCUGCUCUCUGUGAAAUAUGUCUACUUUGUGUUUAUUAUGGAGUCGAAUCCAAGUAUUGGGAAAUUUUUAUUUAUGUUAUGGAUUCAGUUGUCUCAUAUAGCAACUUUGUCAUUGUUCUCUCUGUAAUAUUUUCCGUACCAGCCUGGAAAAAAUCGUUUCUCCGUCCAUGUUUCGCAUUCCGUCGAAUGAAAUCAGUGAAAGUUUCGAUGACGAUGACUGAAGAAGAUAGGAAUACUGAGGAGGACGCAAAGAAAAUUUCAUCUGUUUACUUUGAACAACUUGAUAAAGCAUGGACUUGA